AUAAAAUGUUGUCAUAAAGAAGUCAAUUUAGUUUAAAAAAUAAGAAUAAAGUGAGGCGCAGUUGACAAGUCUUUACUAUCACUACUACGAGUAAAAACACAUCAUAUGAAGUCAAUUCAAUAAAUAAUGCCCCGUGACGUCAGAGAACCUUUAAUGAGCAGGUGGCAGCACCUCGGUGACACGGGAGGAGGAGGGUUCGAACUUGCGACCUUUCGACACAAGUCGCGCCAGCGCCUCACCUCCUGUCCUCACACCCAGUCACCUCACCCUUUUACACCAGGAGGAGAUACGCCACAUGACGUCACACAGGUGUCGGGUUUCAGUUCCUGCUUGAACACACCUGAGCCGCAGGUACAGACGGAGCUUCAGCUUCUCUCUCACUCCAAGAGAACCAACAUGGCCACUCCUGUUUCUGCUUCACCUUUUUCCUCCGCUCUGCCGCUGCUGCCGCUGCUGCCGCGCCGCCUCCUGCCGCUGCUGCUUCCUCUUCUUCUCUACCUGACGAUUCUACCGCCGCAGCGACAGGGCGCAGUGACAGCACAGAGCGCGGACUGCAGCGACGCCUCGUCCUUCCGCUCCGGUCAAGAGGAUUUCGUCGUGGACGCGGAAGACGCAACUGAAGAAGGAGCGGAGCUGCUGGCCACCGCGCACGCACAGUCCCGUGACGACUGCGUGCGCGCUUGCUGCGCGACCCCGCGCUGCGACCUGGCGCUGCUGCAGUCGCCCAAUGGAGACAUCUUCGCCGCAUCAGCGGAAAACCGCACCUGCGUCCUGUUCCGCUGCGUUCACAGAAACCGCUUCGUCUGCAGGUUCGUCAACCAGCGCGGCUACAGUAGCUACGUCAGAGAGUCCGUGUACCGGAAAUACCUGGCAGGUCCACAAGAGUCACGUAAGCCCAUUGCUGACGCGGGCCGUGACGUCAUCAUUCAGCCAGGUCAGACGGUGACUCUGAACGGCAUCGAGAGUCUAGCCCUGGGCGACGCCCACAUCACUUCUUACCAGUGGAGGGCGCAGCGAACUGAACACGAGGUCCAGUUAGAGGGGACCCGUUUCCCGGACCAAGUCAGACUCUCGGACCUGCGACCCGGGUCAUAUGACUUCCUACUGACGGUCACCGACUCAAAUGGCCAAUCAGAGGACGCCGAGGUCUCAGUGCUGGUCCUGGGUCCAGAGGAGUCCAGCUCGUAUUGUCUGGCCCCGGUGAAAGUGGGACCGUGUCGUGCAGCAUUUCCUCGCUGGCGAUAUGACGUGACGACAGGAAGCUGCGUACAGUUUGUGUUCGGUGGCUGCAAAGCCAACAAGAACAACUUCCUGUCGAGUGACCAAUGCGAGUCUGCCUGCGGGGGGGUAACAGCGACAUCAGAGAGAAGCUCCGCCCUCCCCACAGACUUCACCGCAGCGUUUCUUUCAGAGGUUUGUGACGUCACAUGUCGUCCCGAGGAUCAGCUGACCUGCGGCAGCGGCUGCUGUUUGGACCGAAGUCUGGAAUGUGAUGGUGUGAAACAGUGCAGUGACGCAGCAGACGAGGAGCACUGCCACCAACUGAACCAGACCUUCAGUCGUCUCCUGAGCAUCGACGUGAACCAGCGUAAAGCACGGUGUGCAGAGCCACCUGUCACCGGUCCGUGUCGGGCCAGUCACACCCGCUGGUACUACGACCCUCUAGACAGGAAGUGUCACCGAUUCACAUAUGGUGGUUGCCAUGGGAACGACAAUAACUUUGAGGCGGAGCAGAAGUGCAGUGAGAUGUGUGAUGGUGUGACGGAGCGUAACGUUAACUUCAGAGGGAUGUUUGAUCGCUAUGAGAAGGAAGACGACGACAAAGACGACUCAGGCUCAGUGGCUCUGGCGGUGGUCCUGGCGGUGGCCAUCUUGGCUCUGUUGGCGGUCCUCACCUAUUGCUUCCUGAAAAAGAGGCGGAGUCAGACACGUAGUCCCGCCCCCAUCAGCACCACCCACGCCGCCCUGUCGGAGCAGGAGACUCUGGUUUACAACAGCACCACCAAACCUGUGUGAGAGUGGACCAGUGAGGGACCAGUGAGGGACCAGUGAGGGACCAGUGAGGGACCAGUGAGGGACCAGUGAGGGACCAGGAACAGAUGACCCCGCCCCCCAAAACCACCUGUCUAAACAGCACCUCCCUUUUAAUGUUACCUUUCUGAUCACGGUUUGAGUUCAACAUUUCAACAAAACUCUCUCUCUCUCACACGCACACACACACACACUCACACACUCAGUGUCAGUAAGUGUUUUUUUUGUGUCACAUAAUCCUUAAAAAAUGUAUCUUUUGGUCUCAGGGUUAGUUUUAUCUUUUAUCUGUGUUUGUAAGUAUGAUUUAUUGCUCGUUCGUUUAUUGAUGUGAAAAAUAACCUGAAUGUAUUAAAAGUCAAAAACAAUCAAA